GCAGAUAGUCUUGGUUAAAACACUGUGAUGGAGAAAGCGUUGUUUGCCAAGUUGGCAUUUCCUGUCUUUCUGCUGUUUUGCCUUAUCUCGGCCGUUUUUGCAAAUACCAAUUCACAGACAUUUAGAAUUGAAGAGAAUCUGCCUCCGAACAGUUUGGUUGGGAACUUCCCAACACAACCCCACCAGACAAUCUGGUACGCUAACAACAAGCCUCUUAUUCUGAGCAAAUUCAUUAUUAAUGUCACAUUAGGUACAGUUAAGACUAAAGUUGAGCUUGAUCGUGAGGAGCACAGCAGUUACGAAUUAACUGUCCUCUAUAAAACUACCCCCAUCACGAUAACCAUCGAGAUUAUCGACGUGAAUGACAAUGACCCCAUAUUUUUCCCCAACCUACUCUCCAGUCCUCUCUCGGAGACGACUUCCAACAUGAAGAUUCCUCUAGGGAGUGUGUCUGACAAGGAUGUUGGUGAGAACACGAUCAAGGGCUGCGAAAUAGUCUCCGGUAACACGGAUAACAUCUUCCGGCUCAUUACCAAGAUGACAAACCAACGGUUAAUCUUGGAUUUAGCUGUUAAUAGGAAGCUUGAUUAUGAAGUAACUCCUUUUUAUAGUUUGAAGCUGAGGGCUUUUGACGGUGGCAAGAAACCGCGAUCGUCAUACCAGUUGUUCAACAUUAGCGUCUUGGACAGUAAUGACAACCACCCGGUAUUUCCGAUGAGUUUGUAUAAUGCCACAGUAAUGGAAAACAUUACCGUCGGUACAAGUAUUCUGAGGGUUACUGCUACAGACUUGGAUUCUGGGGAGAAUGGAAAAAUCCGUUUCUCUUUAAACCCGAAACCAGACCUUGAAGAACAUUUUGUGAUUAAUCCGGUCACUGGUGUUAUCAGCGUAAACAAACCCGUAGACUUUGAGAAACGUCGUGUCUAUAAUUUAAUUGUCAUCGCAACAGACAAUGGCUCGGAACCGCUUACUACUCAAGCAGCUGUCUCGAUAACCAUUCUGAAUGUGAAUGAACACCCACCUGAUAUUUAUUUGACGUUUCUCACUGGAAAUGAGACCGUCGGAAGGAUAUCUGAAGGGGCCAAGCCCGGCGAAUAUGUAGCUCGCAUUUCUGUUAGUGACCCCGAUGCAGUUCGGAACACGGGUGACGAAACGAACAUUCACAUAACGCUGCUGGGUGGAGAAGGUCGGUUUAAUUUGACCACGAGGGAUAACAUAGUUUACUUGGUUCUUGUUCAAAUGCCAUUGGAUCGGGAGCUGAAACCAUUCUACAACCUGACCGUUAUCGCUAAAGAUAGUGGUUCGCCACCACUGGAAAGCAGAGUCUCAUUUAUACUUCGUGUCGAUGAUAUUAAUGAUAAUAAACCCAAUUUCACGGAGGCAAUCUAUUAUGCUGAAGUGCAGGAGUCGGUACCAAAGGGCAGCCCUGUCAUCAAAGUACAUGCAGAUGACAAAGACGAAGGGAACAAUUCCACAAUAACCUACUCCAUACUUCAUACGCCCGAAACUAGUUCCAACUGGUUUCAAAUUAACAGCCACAACGGUCUCAUCACAACCAACGCCAAAGUGGACUGCGAAACUAACUCUCAACCCAGGAUUACCGUGCAAGCUAUUGACGGGGGCAUACCCCCUAUGUCUUCGACAGCAUUGGUGAUAGUUACCAUUCGUGACGUCAACGACAACCAACCCAGCUUCACUCAUAGCUACUAUAAUGUCUCUAUUCCUGAAAAUACAACAUUGGAUACCUGCAUUCUUACGAGGAUGUGUCCGUGGUCCAUUCAUUAA